CGAGUCUUUGAAAGUCUCGACUUGAUUUCGGUGGAGAGAGACCAUGUCCGCCGUCAUAAGCAAACUGUACUUACCUCCACUCUCAUUGCCAAGUCAUUCUUCAUGAAAUAGCUGCAACGCGGGGCGUCAGGGAUGGCCAACUCGGGCGCUGUUCAGGUGAAACUAGAACUCGGCCAUCGUGCCCAAUUCCGAAAGAAACCCACGGUGGAAGGCUUCACCCACGACUGGAUGGUGUUUGUCCGCGGACCGGAGCACAGCAACAUUCAGCACUUUGUGGAGAAAGUUGUCUUUCACCUGCAUGAAAGUUUCCCAAAACCAAAAAGAGUUUGCAAGGAUCCACCAUACAAAGUAGAGGAGUCAGGAUAUGCCGGCUUCAUCUUGCCUAUUGAAGUUUACUUUAGGAAUAAGGAAGAACCAAAGAAAGUUCGCUUUGACUACGACCUCUUCCUCCACCUGGAGGGCCACCCGCCUGUCAAUCAUCUCCGCUGCGAGAAGCUGACGUUCAACAGCCCGGCUGAAGACUUCCGUCGCAAGCUACUGCGAGCUGGGGGGCAACGAGACCCGCACAAACGCACCUCAGAGGACUCAAAAGUGAUGGUCAUGCAGGAAGGCUCGACAUCCUUGUUUGGGCACCACAUGAAGCUCCCUAUGCUUCCCAAUACCUCCUUGAUGUCUCCUUUCCCCGAUUCCCGGAAGAGCAAAAGCUCGCUUGGGUCAAAGGACAUCUCAAAAGGAAGUGGCGGUACACUCUUGACCACAGCCACAACCACCACCAGCACCACCAACAGCAGCAGCAGCUUCUCCAAACUCCACAAGCCCUGCAAGGACCACAAAGACAAGCCUGCGAAAGACUUGAAAGAAACCAAAAGUGCCUUGAGAGACUCUUCCCUGGAGUCCAGCAAAGCCCCUAAAGAGCCUUCCAAAAAACCCAAAGAGAACCAGCCACUUAGAGAUAUCAAUCCUAAAAUGGGAUUUAAGGAGCCGAAGUCUAUGUCCAAUCACGGCUCAGGGCCCAACAAGCGUCUGUCUGCUUCUGAUGCGGACAAUCGCGUCACCAAAAAGAGCAAAAAAGGAUUUGCGGAUUCGUCUGUGAAGCAGACGGAUGCUCAACAUGCCGAUAAAAAACUGCUGAAGGAGCGUUCACAAAUGCGGAGUAGUAAAUUGCAUCCAGAGGGCGAGCAAGUGGACCACAGGAAACUGUCAACACUUCCCCCCUUCCACGAAGUGGUGGACCACAAUGACUCUGACAUGGAGUCCGCCAAGUCAGAUUCCGAACAGCCCAGUCCAGUCAGCUCCAGUUCCAGUUCAGGCUUUGGUCCCACACACCACAGACGCCAAGUGCUGGGUCCACUGCAGUCGGUGAUGCAGGAUCUGCACUCGGACGACGACGACAACGAUUCUGAGGACGACGACGACCUCGACUUGGAUUCAGACGCAGAGCGGCCAGCGCACACCCACCUCACACACCACCAACGCAGGGUCAGUUUGAGCGACGGCAGCGAGAGUGACAGCUCCGCCCCCUCACCGCCUUCACGUAAUGACGUCCCGGGCUUACUUAAGACUACUAAUAACCAGAUACUGGAGGUGAAGAGUCCCAAAAGGCACAGCAAGCAGGACAAAAGCAAAAACGUAGAUUGUGACAAGGCGUACCUUGAUGAGUUGGUGGAACUGCACAAAAGGCUGAUGACCCUAAGAGAAGGCCACAUCCUGCAACAGAUCGUCAACCUCAUCGAAGAGACCGGCCACUUCCACAUCACAAACACGACUUUUGACUUUGACCUGUGCUCAUUGGACAGAAGCACAGUAAGGAAACUCCAGAGUUACCUGGAAACUUCCGGACUGUCCUGAAGCCCUUUUUCGUAUGGCGGCAGCUUGAACGUGUGAUUUUUUUGUUCUGGUUUUUCUUUCGGAGAAUAACUUAACAUUGGAUGAUAUGCAAAGAGCCUCGCCGUGGUUGGUGGGCUGGAUCCAGUUGAGUUAUGGGAUGAGCCCCGGCGCCGAUCAGAUCACCUGCAAAGCCUUGAAACCUUCUAAAACACAUGGGGGACCUUUUUGCUCUUAAUGAAUGUGCAGAUGGUUGCCAUGUAUGCGUCUUCAGUUGUUGUCCAGUUUGACACGUGCAUGGUCAACAUUGCCUUACAACGUUGUACUAUAAUGUUUUAUUUAUUGAAUUUGUGUGCGUGCGUGCGUGCGUGCGUGCGUGCGUGCGUGCGUGCGUGCGUGCGUGCGUGCGUGCGUGCGUGCGUGCGUGCGUGCGUGCGUGUGUGUGUGUGUGUGUGUGUGUGUGUGUGUGUGUGUGUGCGUGUGUGCGCGUGUUACAAGUAGCCAAAAAAACGACUUUGUUGAAGCACUUCACAGCAGGCACGGUGAUGUUUGCGUGACGGUUACUUUGACCCUCAGUCGGUCACUGACUUGAAAUCAUGACGAUGGGAUCUCGUACGAAUCCUGUGCACAUGUUUACAACAAUCAAAAGCUACUUGUAAAUAUGUGACUUAAGUAGUAUACAUAUUAUAUAUGCAAAGCAGCUGUCCCCUGCCGACAUCCUGUGAGGCCCAGCUGAGUGGUUCGGUGACUGAAGUGAAAGUGAAACAGAAGCACAUUUUUUGGGACCAAAUCCUGGAAGGAUGUGCUGCCCAGUGGCGUCAAAGUUUUUGUCGCAUAGUCUUUUUUUUUGGUCUUCGCCAAUAGAACAUGCCAAACGUACGAGUGUUUAAUGCACAAAAAACUGCUGCAAAAAUUUCUGCAAGUUUGGAGGAAAACAAGCAGUCAGUGAACGUCGGCUGAAGACUAACUGUUACGGGUGUGCGAAUAAAAUGUUAUUUAUUUUGUGUCAACAUUUCCAAGGACAAUUACAUUUUUGUUUUUAACGUGUGAUUUGUAAUGUCUGAGAUGUUCAGGAUGACUAAUGGGCCUUUCCAAAAAAAAACUAAAAGGGUUUACGUACGUCCUUGUCUUAUGGUAUCUUAUGUAUUUUGAGCACAUACAAUAAACUCUGUAUGAUGUACA